UGAUGAUACUCGAUGUCAAUUUAGUUGACCUGAACUGUUCUAGUGCCCAGGGUAAGCUGCACUGAGAAGUUGUAUCUUCACCAACCUGAGAAGUUAUGAGUCCCCAGGGUCGUGGCAUUACCUGCUGUUUCUGAAAUACUCCGUGGCAUUCCUGGCCCCAAAUCUCGGUUCCCUCGCUGGCACUCCCUGCUCAUGUCAUCUAUCCUUAGCUUUCUAUCCCUUCCACUUCAACCAGAUGGGCUUGAGAUCAUCGCAGGAAUUGCACUCACGUGGUAUUGUUCAGCUUGGGCAAGACACCUUCGAUGACGCCCGGGUUCGCGGUCUCUUUUCCAGUGAGCGCUAUGCGGAAGCAAGGGAUCUGAGUUUGGAGCUCUUGGCACGAAAAGAACGCCUUGGAAGGGCGCACCCUUCUUGGCAGCAAAGUGCUGAAACCUUGCUGGAGAUCUAUUAUGUCACAGGGGAAUAUGAGAAAGCGGCCCGGCUUUUGACAGAAGCCUUACGCUUUGCAGAUGAGACGAGUCAGGUCUACUUCACCCGCUUGAGUAAGCUGGCAGGACUUUACGAAAAGAUGGGGGCCUAUGAGGCGGCAGAGCCUCUUUAUCUGCAAGUGUUGAGCUUGCGCAAAAGUGCCUUGGGUGAAGAGCACCCUGAUGUGAUGAGCAGUUUGUCGUACCUGGCAGCAUUGUAUCGAAAGUUGGGUGCCUUCGAAAAGGCCGAGAAGCAUCUCGAGGCGGCCAAAGUGAUUCUGGACCGUUGCCGGUCCGCAGCAUCAGCCCAUGGUCGAAAGCCUGACUAUGAGAACUGGUUGGUGUCCAUGGGCAUGCUGCAGCAUGCCAUGAGAAAAUACGAAGUGGCAGAGCCACUCUUGAAGGAGGCUUUGCUCCAUCAGGAGCCUCGACAACACCUGGGGGAGCGACCCAAGCGCUUCUAUGCUACCACGGUAUCUUUGUACGCAAGCACCUGCAGCGCGCUGGGAAGGCACCAGCAGGCAGAGCAAUAUUUUCAGUUGGCCUUGGAUUUGCGGAGGGCUAUGUUGGGUGAGCAUCCACAUGUUGCUGCCUCUCUGCAUGAUCUUGGUCUCCACCGAAUGUCCUCUGGCGAUCUCGAUGGAGCACAGCAGGCUUUCUCAGAAUCAGCUCAAAUUCGGAAGCAAACCUUAGGACCUUGCCAUCCACUCUAUGCUGAGUCCUUAGCUGCCUUGGCCGAAUGUUUUUGCUUCCAAGCGUAUCGUAGCAGUGACUUUGCUGGAUACGAAAAAGCCUUGGAGCUGCUUGUCCAGGUGGGCCAUAUUCGACUGAAGACGAUCUCCAAGAUCCUGUCGACGCUGUCAGAUUCAAGACGGUUUGCAUACUUGCGGACCAUCGAGAGCAGCUUGCAUUUGAUCAUGUCCUUGGCUCUGGGUCCUUUGCUGGAGCUUGCGAGUGCCCGAAAAGCUGCACUGGAGGCGGUGCUCAGAUGGAAGGGAAUUACGUUUGAUGCUCAGAUCGCCGAAGGGGAAGACACAGAGCUCGCCAUGAUGCGCAAUAAGCUUGCCCGCCUCAUUUUGGAUGCUGCCAAGCCUGAGCAGGUUGAAGAGUGCGAACUUGAGAUUGAGAGGUUGGAAGCCUCCGUAAGCCGUUCAAUGGAUCUGCAAAGGAGGCUAGAGUCUGCGACUGUGGAGACUCUUUUGAAGGUCAUGCCGAAGUCUUGCCAACUGCUGGAAUUCCUGGUGUUUUCCAAAACCGACUUCUCUCAGACCAACGCGCCUAAGGAGGAGUGCUAUGCUGCCCUACGCCCGUAUACCAGUACAGAGGUCGAUUUGUGGGACUGUGGUAAAGCAGAAGUCAUGAACCAGAAGAUCUCAAAAUUUCGGAUCUUGGUGCAGAGGCGUUUUUUGCCCAAUACCACAGGCCGCAGGGCAGAUUUUGAUCGAAUCGGGUGCGAGCUGUUUGAUUUGUUGUUGAGGCCAGUGCAAGGAAGAAGUCUGAAACAUUUGUUCAUUGCAGCCGACGGGGAGUUGUCGUGUGUGCCAUUUGCAGCCUUGCCCUUGAAAGAGGGCGGAUUUCUUGCUGAUUUGCCAUGGACAACAAGUUUCCUGCUGAGUGGUCGCGAUUUGCUUGGAACUGACAUGUCAGCCACAAGCCAAGAACCUGUGGUUGUAGCAGAUCCUCAUUUUGCUUGGAAAGGCGCUGAAGAAGGAGAUCCAGCCCUGCUGUACUCAGACUGGGAUCGAAAUCUGCAUUUUUGUGCCUUGGAAGGGACACGACACGAGGGGAUCUUCGCCCACGACCUGCUGGGUGGGACCCUUCUCCUUGGCGAAGCGGCGACGGUCAAGAGAUUCAAGAACAUUGAGUCGCCGCGUGUCUUGCAUGUCGCCACACAUGGUUUCUUCUUGCAAGAUCAACCAGGUUCAACACGCUUGGAAGCAGUGCUCUCUCAGACUGAGAAUCCGUAUUUGCGAUCGGGUUUGGCCUUGGCAGGGGCCCAGGCGUGGCAGGAGGGAUUUCCUUUGGCAGAUUCUGGCGUGAUCACUGCACAGGAAAUCCGUGGAAUGCGGCUCCAAGGCACCAAACUCGCGGUGCUCUCUGCCUGUGACACUGGGCGGGGUGAGAUCAGGCGAGGCCAAGGUGUUUUGGGCCUGGCAAGGGCCUUUUUGAUAGCAGGGGCCAGAGCGGUCGUCAUGAGCUUGUGGCAAGUGAACGAUGAGAGCACAGGCAUCUUCAUGCGAUCUUUUCACGGCCACAUCAAAGAGGGCCUAGCGCCCAUCGAUGCCCUUCGAGCAGCCCAGCAUGACCUGCGAAUGCCAGGGGACACCACCGGGCUCAGGGGCCUUAAAGCACCAGCCGCAUGGGCGGCCUUCACAUUACAAGGCUGGCCAUUCUGAAGGCGAACCUUGAAGCAUCUAUAGCCAGAUGAGAAAAAGUGGAGCCUUCCAGAAGAAGCGGUGCCGGGGAAUGGCCAUUCUGGGCCAGCUUUGGGCACCGGACUUGCC